AUGGAGAAGAUGAGGGCCUCGUUGGCGUCUGGAUAUAUAGCCCUGGCGAAGAGCGGAAUUUGCAGACGCCAGCCCAUGGCAGUGCCCAGGCUGGUGAGGCUGCGAGGGGCUCAGGCUAAGGUGAAGAAGGCCAGUGCCAGGCGCAGGGAGCGAGCAUCAAUAUCAUCAAGUGAAGUCGAGACAUGGCAGCACGUGGGAAGAUCAAGGGCUCGCGCUGAACGGUCGGUGCUGCAGGCCAAGGCGGUGCGAGGGAAGCACGAGAAAUACCAAGUCGCUAGGCGUGCCGCCCGAGCCCCAGCAUAUCCCGAGAUUACGAGAUCGGCUGUUACUAACAAAAUCGCGCCCCGCUAG